GUGUUGUUGCCAUCAUCAGCCAGCACAGAGCCCCCCGGAGAGGUAGAGUAGAGGUAAACGCUCGCCACCAGACGAUGGUGGGUUUCAGUUUAGUUUUUGUUUCGGUUCGCGCAUCAUGUGGAAAAGCCGCGGUCCGCGCCCCGAACUGCUAGCAUAGAGAAAGGAAAGAGCAGCACCGUAGACCGAAACCCGACGAAAAGCAUCGACGAGUUUUCGCGCGCGCGAGGGCGAGAUUAUCCUGAAAGGUAUCCUGCGGUACGGCAGGAAGAUCCGCGCCGCGCGGUGAGCUUUUCGGCUGUGGGAGAGUGAUUUGGUGAGAUUCUGUGCGAGAACAGGAUAUUCGGCGACCGGGAGUUGUCCACACGCAUCGGAAAGGAUAUUGAACGAGACCAACUGCGCCGUUGAAAGGAUACGGACCGGUGUUGACUCUGAGUGUAGAAUUGGUGCACUUAGGGCAAUGAAGAGGUGGUGGCCUAUCCCCGAAUAGAACAGGACAUACAUCCUAUAUGAAUCAGAGUGGCAAGUUUUUCAUUUAUCCAGAUUACCUCAUCGCAGAAGAGAAUUUAUUGCAAGCGAAGGACAAAGCAUUCAAGGAUUACAGUGAUUUCAGUUGUUGGAAGAAACGAAGCAAAACCCUAAACUGUGAUAUAGUGAAACUCAAGUAAAUUCGGCUAAAAGUUCCCGAAUACAGUGGGAUAGUCAUUCCCGAACAAUCGAUUUUUCUCGGCUGGAGCAAACACAAAUCAAAAAUUUGAAGAAACAACCGGAAACCUCAUAGUACAAAAGCAGAUGAAUUAAUUUAAAUAGGUGUAACAGAAAAGCAAAAAUUAACGGAAUAUUGUAUAGAGCAAGAAUUAUUCUUUAUGUGAUUGGAAAAGUGAAAUAUACACUCUAAAUAAAUUCAGGAAAAGGAAGAAGUCCUUCUCGACGGGAUGAGCAAUUGUGAAAGAGUGAGAAUUACCCAGUGACACAAAAAUAUCCAAAGAAAUUUCUAAAAUCAAGACAAAAUAAUUGACCGUGUUUGUGAUCUCUUAACUAUUGACAUCGAAAAAGGAUUCCGAAGCCAUAAAAACAUAAAUCAGCGUGUGACGAAAAAAAAAUUGCCCCCUACCGUCAGUGGAAAACUUGGUGAAAUUUAUCAACGAAACGUGUGUUCGUAUGCGUGCGUGACCCAACAGCCAGUGGCGCUAGCUGCCGAGAUCUCCGUUGGCGUUGCAAUUCCCUCCAAGCUCCCCCCCAAGCCGGCUGUUGGAACCAAUUUUCAUAAUCCUCCCCCAAAGCGAGAGAAAACCCCGCGCGCAAAGUAUAACACUGCCGAGACAGGAGCGCCUUCGCAGGGAGAAACGCAGCUCCUUGUGCCGCGCGCGACGCCUUACGCCAACCGCAUGACACGUGGACCCCGCGCACUUGGACACCCCAACUCGAAAAACGGACGAACCGAAAGAAAGUGUCAGUGAGAUUGUGUGUGCAUAGCCGGAAUCCUGCCAACAGUGGAGGAUUGCAGUUUCUAAAAAGGUUCGACCUCCUACGAAAGCAACCAGAAGUGGAUGAUAAUCACACCAUCCCCGAAAUGUAUCUCCACAGAGCCCAAGAUCUGAGGAUAUUAAAGCAGUGUCCCAAAAAUGGAGUCGCCUAAUCACAACCUCCGAUGAUCACCAGAUUAUUCGCAGAUCUACCAACCUGAAUGCCACAGCAUCACCUUUUCAGUCUACCCGGGGAACCAAAAAGCUUUCAACAUCAUCGCGCGGAGUAUAAUGUCCAGUGGUGAACCGGAUUCAGCUGGUUCCCAUGGACUAGGACUCGCAGUUGCGUUAGGCGGGGGCUCCACGACCACCUCCUCAACAACAGGCUCGUCACUCACCAUGAUGGAGCCCCCCGCGAGUAUAAUCAUGAAGGCCAAGGAAGAACCUGAUUGUGAUAUGGAGCGGAACAUAGACUCCAGCAUGGAUAGCAGCGCCUUGGCCACGUGUCUUUCGACGACGAUCUCGGCGCUACGAGCCAGUCACAAUGCCAGUCUCAAUGAGGCCAACCGCGGCAACAACGUCGACGACAACCUCUCCGAUCAUUCGGAACCAACGACACCCAGUUCUGCCGCCGCACAACUCUUGGAGAGCCUCAAAAAUAACCUCAACAACAACAACAACUCGAGUGCAAUUAAUAACAACAACCUGCUACAUGCGAACAACAACAACAAUAACAACAACAACAAUGGCAACCGAAAACUAUUCGAAUGCGAUGUGUGCAAUAUGAAGUUCUCUAAUGGCGCGAACAUGCGCCGGCACAAGAUGCGCCACACCGGAGUCAAACCCUACGAAUGUCGCGUCUGUCAGAAGCGAUUUUUCCGCAAGGACCACCUGGCGGAACACUUCACCACGCACACCAAAACACUGCCCUACCAUUGUCCGAUUUGCAAUCGAGGAUUCCAAAGACAGAUAGCCAUGCGUGCCCAUUUCCAAAACGAGCACGUUGGUCAGCAUGAUCUCGUCAAAACCUGCCCUCUCUGUAGUUACCGAGCGGGUACGAUGAAGUCCCUCCGGGUACACUUCUUCAAUAGGCACGGUAUCGAUCUGGAUAACCCUGGCCCAGGAACCCCCUCGUCCCUCCUGCUAGCCCUAGAUCAGCAUAAUCCGGCCAAUCUCUUGCCGGCUCUGGCCGCCAUGAACGCCGUCAACGCGUUCAGCGACUCCGGAGACUCGAUGCGUUCGAUAGACAACGCGACACCACCGAUGCACUUCCUGACGCCGCACGUGGAGAUCUCGAUGGCGGACAACAACGAAGUGGCCCUCAACUGCAGUCGGGACGCCCUGAAUGGUACCAUCGGGGGCAACAACAUCCACGAACCGAGCAGCGUGGGUUCCAACAACGGAAGCGAUCGUGGCGGCAGCCACGACCGAAGCACCCCAACCCCAUCGAUUUCCUCCGGACUGGACAUCAAGGCCAUCGUGCGGCCCCCGAACGGUGGUUCGCCGUCGUCACCGCACUCGGCCGACUCCAAUGCACCCUCCAGUUCCCACUUGUCCUCCAUGCUUCCAUCUCAAGUACAAAGCUCAAGGCAUAUUAUUUUUGAUAGCUCUAUUACACCGUCAAUCAGCCUGAUUCCGAUCAAGCAGGAACCAACGACAAACGAUGAGUACAAUGAAACCAAACCACGAAGUAUCAGCACUUCGGAAAACCCAACCUCCAACAUUAGCAAUUCGAGCGAGAGUGUGACACCGUCAUCCAGCCUAACUUCGCUGAUUAAGGUGUCCCCGCUCAAGUCGCUCCUCCGCGAGGAUCUCAAACGGCGAAUCUCAGCCCGGGCCACGAGCCGUGCCAACCGGAACGGGUUGCUUACCUCACCGAACCCGGCCAGCAGUCCGAUACCGAACAGCUGCAACAACGCUACCUCCUCGCCGGCCCCGGAGUGUGGCACCUCGUCCAGCAGCUCCAGCAGCAGUAGCAGCAGCAGCAGUAGCAGUAGCAGCAGUGGCAUCGGCACCAGCGUCAACGGUACCUCGAGCAGCAGCAGCUGUAGCAUCAGCAACAGCGCUACGGCGGUCGCGGUGGCAACUACCUCAAACGGGACUAUCACGUCCACGGGACCGGAAACCGACAUGCUUCUCACCGGGGGACCCAAGUCCAAGCGGCACCUGCAGUGUCUGUUCUGCGGCAUCGAGUUCCCCGACCAGACGCUGUACUUCCUCCACAAGGGCUGCCACAGCGAGAGCAACCCGUGGAAGUGCAACAUCUGCGGCGAGCAGAUGACCAAUGUCUACGAGUUCAACUCCCAUCUGCUCAGCAAGAGCCACCAAUGAUGUUAGGCGAGGGAAAGGGAAACAUUUUGCUGGUAAUGUUUCUCUUUUUCUGAUCGCUUAACCCGUCAGAAACCAAACAGAAAAUCCACGCAGAAUCUAAGAACACACCCAAACUUCAAAGAAUACACGAGUCCAACGGAGACAAAGCAAGCAAACAAACCAACAAUAGGGUUUUUCUCUGUUUUUCUCAUGGGUUCGGACUGAAUCUCUUUUCUCCUCAUCUGGAAGCGAAAUCUUUUCGUGUGUACUAACUAGGUAGUCGAAUCUUUUUCAGUUUCCUUAGCCAAUUGCACAGUGGUGGACAGACUUAAGACAGGGAUUAACACGGUGAUGUAAAUUUAGUCGUAACUGACUUUAAAGUGUUUGUAAUCAAGAAAAAGAUGAUUCGCUUUAUUAUCCGGGAUUGUAUGCUUCUAACGUACUAUGUUGCUUCUGAAACUUUUAUUUAUCAACUUUCUUUAUUCUCCUAUCUAAAAUAACUUUCAAACUAUCGAGGAGAAAAGCAAGAAAUUAUAAAAUGCAAAAAACAGAGAGAAAAGUAUAUUUAUUGUCCGUCCAAUAGAGUUUAAUUGCGCAAAACAAUGGAGAAGAGAGCGUAGAAGCAAAAUACACUCAACAAAAAAAAAACACACAAACACACAAAUAGCCAAAGGUAGAAACGACAGUUUGAACAAAACAGCGAACGAUAGCGAAGGAGUUGAGAAGGUUGCGUUAGCACGCGGAGGGUCGCGUCAUCAUGUCACCGGGAACAGUUUCCAAGCUUGUGCACCACAUUUGGCUUUGCCUCCCUGUCGGCCAUUCGGUCGUUGCCGAAGUGAGGACCGUGUGUGACAGAGAGCGCAGCCAACAUUUAGUAGUAAUAACCAUGUGCGAAUGAGAUCAAAAGCCUAGGAAAAGAAAGAUCGUAUAGUUUUUUUAGAAAGAGGAUAUUUGACCAAACAGUAGGUUUACGUUUGAAAAAAAAAAUGUUUAAAAUAUUCGAAAGAAAAAUAUUGAAAUAGAUAAAUUCUAAAAGAUUAAUAGUAAUACACACACACAGACAGACAAACCAACCACAGUAACACACAACACUGCAGCAAUAGUGAAUGGCCGGUAGGAAAGCAAUACCAGCGGGCCAAAAUGUGGACGACAACGAAUAACUGGUUAACCGAAGAAGUAAAAAGUAUGAAAGACAUAAAUAUGAACGAAUAUAAGUUGCAAUUAGGUAUGAAAGUCAAUUUAAUAGGUUUAUCAUGACAUUGUAGAAAAAGCUAUUGGUUACUUAGUAUUUGUUAUCAAACGAUUUUAUUUUUGGAAAAUUGCUUUUUUGCAAACUACAAAUCUUUCUCGAUUGCGUCUUAAAUAAAUUCGAUCUCAGAUCAUCGAUCUGGAGAUGCAAGAGAUCGUAAUUUUUCUCUACAAAUUCAUUAUUCAAAUCGGAAGAGUCAAUGUUAACCACGCUUCAAUCUAUAGAUCUCAUUAUGAAGAAACACAAUGCUGAUAUCUGCUAGUUGAACGCAUUCUGUGACCGAGAUUCUUCUCUUCACUUCCGUCACUGAGCUUCGAAAUUAUAGACCCUGUUCAAAAUUACAUUUUUUUUUAAUUCCAAACCUAACUUCACUUCAAAGAUUUUUUUUUAUCUAAUGGCUGGAGUCCGUUUUUCCUCACAAUCAAAAACAUGUUUUUUCAAAGCAAAUGAGUCGAUUUAGUCUUCCGAAUCGUUACUUCUUCAUCUGAUCACUUCAGGGUUGUAUUCACACGUAAAAGGGUUAAUCUAAGUAACCAAUCAGUUUUUUCGCUAUAUCAUAAAAAUAUUUUGAAAUAAAAUUGUCUCGUAGACAUUGGAAAUGAGGACAUCACCACCGCAAAUCAAUUUUCAACGUUUGGCCAGUAUUUGUACCCCUGGAAACCGUUUCCAUGACUAUGACAUACCGCGUGCGCGUCACUUUUCUGUUUAUAUAUAGCUAGAUUAAAUACAUAGUUUGUAAGUCUUUAGUUUUUCGCUUUUAAUUUGCGUUUUUUUUUUGUAUAAAACCCCUCGUUAUAAUUUCGAAGUGUUAAAUUAAGUUGAGUCGAAUACUGAUGGUGCAACGAUAUAAAUGGGAAUUAAAUAUAGGUUAGAAAGGGUCGUCGACUGCAAAGUUGAACCACUUGACAACCAUCCCUUAGAAAAUGUUCAUUAAGUUUGAUAAAGUUUUGCCUUUUUUUCGUUCAGUUGUGUAUAAUAUAGAGGUCGAAAUUAAUUUGCGUAUGAAGUUUUUAGUUGAAACUGUUAUAUUUCCGUAGAUUUUGUUUUGUUAGGUUGAAGUUUUCAUCGGUUGUAAGAGUUUAUUAGACAAAAUGCGAAGUAAAGCGGAAUGGAACUAAUGAAACCAUUACAAGGAUAUAGCUAUAUUUAUACAAUCUUGUUGUUGUUAUUGAGAGGAAUUAUGGAUUGACUAUUGAAUCUUAAAUAGAAUCAAGCUUAUGGAUAGAGGACAGUGCACAGGAGCAGAAGGGAAGUUAUCUUCUUAAAUCAGGUUAGGAUUAAUCGACAAAGCAAAAAUUCUUUCACUACGUAGUUGUAUGAAUGGACAAAGACAGGAAAGAAAUUGUACUUAUUUUUUUCGGAAACCAAUAGAAACCCAAUAGUUCAAAUAGAGGAAACAAUAUAUCAGAAAGCACCACCACUAAUGCCCACUGCAUGAUCCGAGUUGACUAUAGAAGAAGCCUCACCAACACUUCCACAUAAAUGACUAUUUGCUGGACCAAAAGUUGCUCAUAAUCACCGUUUCACUAUACCAAAAACCUUAACAAAACAAAUAGCCUAACUUAAGGAUCCUAUUUACUAAACAAAACUUUUAACUAAAGUCAUUGAAACGGAACACAAACAUUUGGAAGCAGUUUUAAGAAACUAGUUUUACCACACAACUAUAAACAAACAAAAGUACACUGUCAUUCGAAAAAAAAUCGAACCCCCCUGCACAAAUACUACGAAAUUGAUGGUCCUAAAUCGCAGAGAAACAAUGCAGAAACAAAUGUUCAAAAAGCAAACAAAAUUUUUAUAUUGAUGUUUCUUUUACCUAAGGAGACGAUUAUCGAAGCAAGAAUUUAGAAAAUAAUGCAAUUUCAUUCAAUUUCGAAACCUCAAAAACUUAUUCAAAAUUCACUCUUAAAGCAAAAUAAUCAAAACAAAUAUUCAAAAUUUUCAUAGUAAGAAUACGAAUAUAAAACAUAACGUUUACUCUUUCUCUAAAAGCUUCUCAGCUAUUAUUGCAUGGAUCGUUCUUUGAACGAAUAAAAUGUCAAAAAAUUCUACACUACGCAGUUUAUGGACUAUCAAAAAAGAUACAUUCGCAAAAUUCACUCGGUAAAAUUAAAAUCUAUUGGCAUCUCUAAUUAGAAAAGUGUGAGUAUUUCUAACAAAGUUCUCUUAACGGACAAAAGUCACUGGCAGAAAGUGUAAAUAUUGUUAUGGAUCAAAUUAAUCUAAAAUGACAGCAGCUAAAUAUUUUCCCAUAAAUUACAAAACACUUUUAGAAUGACGUUACAAAGAACGGUGCCUUCCCUAAAAUGGUUGAAACGGAGAGAUGUCAGAGAAAUGAGAGAGCGGACAUAGCGAGGAAGCGUGCGAGAGAGUAAGAUAGAUUCAAACGAAAAUCGAGUGAGGGUAUCAUCACCUGCUUCGCUUAUCGGGUGUCUAUACAUAUAAGAUGUACACAAACACAAGCAUAGAAAAAAUCAGGAAACCAAAAAGAAAGCAAGCACGCAAGAGUCGGAUGGAACCGGGUUCAAGACGUAAACCAAGAAAGAUUGACAGGAUAGAAAUAGAAAUAAAGAAGCAAACCAACACUAAAUGCAGUUGAGAAGUUUGGCAAAAACAAACAAAGCAAGCAUAAAACAGUAGUUAGACUCAAAUAUAUUUUCAAAUGAAAAAAAACGUUAAAACAUAGUGCAACACACAGAAGAAGUAAAUUUUUAAACAAAAAGGGAAAAUAGUGAAAUAAAAUAGCUUACCUUAAAAAAACAAGAAAACCAACACUAAAAAGCAACAAGCCUUAUAACUAGUGGAAAUCGCAAGAGAAAGAGGGAUGGCAAAAGAAUCGAAAAAGCAGGUCAGAGACAAAGCAGACGGAAACCAAAACAAGCAACACAGUUUCAGAGCGAAGCUGAAAGAUAAGAUAAUUACAACACAGAGUUAGAUUUUUUACAUUAUCGUAGCAUGCAAAGAGAACUUAUAAAAUUAAAAACAAACAGUAAGCGAUUGUUAAUAUACAAAGAGAAUAAAAUAAACAUAUUGAUCAAAACUGUAAUUUUAUCGACUUGCAAACUAACGUUUAAAUUAAACCACAACCACAAGAAGAGAGAAAUAGAGAAACAACGCAGUUGAGAGCAAGACAACAAAGAGAUAACGGGAAAUGUGUUAAAUGAAGUAGUUUUAAGUCCGCAAACAAAACGCAAGUUAAUGAACAAAACAGCAAACAAAAUACACAGAGAGAAGAAUUGCGAUUUAUUAAAACAUUCCGUCUACAUGUGAUUUUUAGAACUAUAGUUGGAUUGAAACAAAUCAACAACAACAAAAAACUACACUGCGACGAAAUAGUAACGCAAGCACACAGUUAUAAUAGCAGUAAGAGUUUAUUAGUAAAAAUUAAAACCGUUUUUUUUUUUGUUGUGUCGGCGGUUCGUUAUACAUUGUAUACAUAUAGGUUGUAUUUUUUUGCGUAUGCUGAAGUUAUAUUUUUCGCGAGAAAUUAUUUUUUCUUUAACCCAAAAAAGAAGAUAUUUUAAGUGCGUUCUAGCGAUUAAGUGUUAUCGAGUUAGUAGGAUAUGUGACUCCCAAUUUGUUUUUCGAUUUUUAACAGAUGUGAGUUUCGUUCCGUACAGCCCUCCGUAGAAAUAGCGAAUUAGUAGAAACGAAGGAAAUAAAAAAUAACGAUACAAGGGACGACAGUAAAUGAAAUCGAUACCAAGCAAGUAUGUACUUUCCCCAAGCAAGGCUCAUUCGUUUGAUCAAAUUUGUUGACUCAAGUGGUGAGAGAAGAAGAAAAAAAAACUGCAACAAAAGCGCUCUUAUUAAUCUAAAUUAGUUAGCAAAAGUAUUAGUGGACGUUCUGAUUUUUCUAUAUUCGUUUUUUGGAUUUUCUUUUUCGGUUUAUUUUUCGACAAAAAUGUACGAAACUUUUUGAUAUUCUUCGUUUGUGUACUCAUUCGGAAUGCUAUGAAAAAAAAACACAUUACAUGAACAAAUUUUUCACGACCAUCUUUUCGUGGUCGACUUAUGAUUAAUCUAAAUGCUAAGAUAAGACAAAAAACACACACAUUCAAAAACAAAUCUAUUUCAAUUGAUUCGAGAAAAAUAAAACAAAAUUAAAAUAAGAAAAAAAAAACAGAAACAAAAAAA